AUGCCGCGCGAGAAAGGCGGGCCGCUGUCAUCCACUUCGAGGGCGGCCGUGUCGCUGCCGCUGAAGCGCGGGCGGCCGUCGCUGUCGGAUCUCAUUCUCCGCGCCGUCUGCUUGUCCACGGCCCGCAAAGGCGCUUCGUUAGCCCUCAUUAAGAAGACGCUCGCCACUGAUGGCUACGACGUGGUGAGGAACGGGGGCCGCUUGAAAGCGGCGGUCGGUGCGUUGGUCAACAAAGGGCUCCUGCAGCGGGUGACGGGUAGCGGUGUCGCCGGUUCGUUCCGUAUCGGUCGUGUCGGUAAGGAGCGAGUGGAGGGAGCUGGGCGGCGCGGGAGGGCGGCCGGUGAAGCCCGUCAGCGCCCCGCCGGGAAGAUGAAGGGGCCGAGGCGCGGUGUUAAAGCUACCGCGCAGCGGUUGAAGAAGCCGAGGAAACCGCGGGGAAAGGCGGCGGCGGCGGCGGUGGUGGCAGCAGAGGAAGCGGUGGCCGGGGGUGUGGAGGAGGCCGGGGGUCCUCCUGCGGCGGCGGCUGAGGUCGAGACUUAG